GAAUCCAGAAAGCAAUCAUGGACCUUAUAGAUGAGUUUAAAGAUGAAUUCCCUACCAUCGUAAGAUUAUCACAAUCUAAUCAGAAAAGAGAAUCCAUGCAAAAAACAUCCAAAAUCAGAAUGGCUGUCGCUUUAGCCAGGAUCAACCGAGGAACAUUGAUUCAAGGACUAAACAGCAUAUCCACGUCCUCCAAAUCAGUGGCCAAACUUCUACAACCUCAGCUUGUUUGUAGGCUCCUAGAAUUAAGGGACGUAUCUCACCAUCUGCUGAGGGAAGUGAAUGCACCAAGGCAACCCCUCUAUAACACGCAGGUCAGAAAGGGUUCUUUGUUUGAAAUCAUUUCCUUUCCAGCAAAGACUGCUUUAACUAGCAUAAUAUAUGCUUCAUAUGCAGCACUAAUUUAUUUGACAAUCUGUGUUAAUGCUGUGCUGAAGAAGGUAAAGAAAAUUUUCCAAGAAGAAGAAUUCAUACGGCAAAACAGAGAUGGGAGUGAAAAUCUUAGAAAAGCCUUUUCUGAGCCUGUGCUUUCUGAGCCUAAGUUUCCUGAAGAUGAAAUCAAAGUAAAACCUUACAGGUCAUUACCGGAGAAGCCAGACAGUAUUUCAGAUUGCCUCAAACUUCCUGCUAAUAAGUUGAGUAAUAAGAUCCAAGUUUUACAUUCUGUGUUUGACCAAUCAACUGAAAUGAAUGAAUGAGCAAAUCUGAACAUACACAUCACUGAACAGAGCUUAAGAGUUAUCUAUCUAGUGAUUUUCAUCUGAUGAAACUAAGAAACUAGUUUUCAUAUACUGACUGCUCUGCUUUAAAAAAAGGGAGUGAGGAACUACUAAUAAAGUGUCAUUCUCAAGCAUUUAUAUGGUAGAGAAAAUAGAAUGCAUCUUUAUGUAGAAUA